AUGCAUGGAAACGCAUGCAUCGCAUGUCCACGACUGCUCAUCCGCAAGCCGAAAACAUCCAGUGUCGCCGAAAUCAUCGUCAUCAUAAUACUAGUGUUUCUGAUUGGAGUAGCUCUGGUUUGGUGUUGCAUCAUGAUCAGACUCCAUUUUUUGCAGCGGAAUCUUCCUAAUGGGCAAGAAUUAGUGAUGUAUCCUAUUUUUCCCAUACCGCCACCAUAUCCAAUCGUCUACAGUACGACACCAGUCUCCAGCGUGCCUACGCUUACUCAACCAGAACACGAUGAAUCGGACAGGGAACCUACAUCAACUACAGCAACGUCGCUUUCUAGGCAUUCACAACAUGCGGCUCCAGUUCAAGGAGCACCAGUGUGCUACCCAGCCUACCCAGUGGGUAUGCAACCCUAUCCACCCCACAUGGUCGUACAAGCACCUGUGAAUCGUACUCCCAAACCUUAUUUAUUGCCUCGUUUUAUCUUUUAA